AAAUGAAGUCCCGGGUGAAAAGGGGGGAAAUUUGCUACAACAUCAGCCAGCCCUACUCUCCCAAAACACAGCGACAGCGGAACUUGAAGAAUGCCAUCGUUUCCUCAUCCGGGCUCCGUUACUGUAUGCGAAAUCAACAGAGACCUAAUUACCGCUGAAAAUCUUUCGGAGGAUCAAGCGAAGGAAACUUAUGGAAAAGUUCUUGGAGUAGUAUUCAGUCCAAUUCCGUAUCAGAUAGAUUAUCCAGCGUCGCUACAUCCAGAUAGAGGCGUAGAACUUCCAGUGAAUCGUUUAUCGCGUUUACUUCAAGCAGUUUCUUAUGGUCCUCUUAAAAGCCUUCUGGGUCCUGAUGAUGUGAAAUUAUUGGCACAUGUUGAUCUCAAAUGUGUUAGUUGGCACCAAAAAAAGGAUAUUCUGGCAUUUAUAUCUGCACGGAAUCAAGUAACUAUUCGUGAUUAUGGAGACUCAGGAGAAGGGAAGGACCCCUGCAUUCUGAUGAAUGAUCUUCAAAGGGAAGCUAAACUCUUGGAAUGGAGGCCAAAUGCUGGGAAGACACUUUCAGUAGGCUGCAAGGGUGGAAUUUGCAUUUGGUCUGCUUCUUAUCCUGGAAAUACUGCAUGUGUUAGACCUGGGGUUAAUUCUGGCAGCCGCUCUAGAGGUUCUGGAGUUAGAUGGACUCUUGUGGAUUUUCUUCGAGGCCAUGGUGAUGAACAAAUAAGUGCACUCUCAUGGAGUCCUGAUGGAAGAUAUGUAGCAUCUGCUUCAUAUGAGAGCUCAUCAUUCACAAUAUGGGAUUUUGCUCAAGGGGUGGGCACACCCAUUCGGCGAGGAUUGGGGAAAAUAUCACUGCUAAAGUGGUCUCCUACUAGAGAUUACUUCUUUGCUGCAAAAUUUGAUGGAACAUUCUAUCUGUGGGAGACAAACACAUGGACAUCAGAACUCUGGUCUUCAACAAGUGGCUUUGUCACGGGAGCAGCAUGGGAUCCUAAUGGGCGUAUGAUUCUUAUUGCUUUCUCUGAAUCUUUAACAUUAGGUUCUGUUCACUUUGCUACAAAGCCUCCAUCACUUGAUGCACACCUGCUACCUGUUGACUUGCCAGAGCUGAAAUCUUUGACCAACAGUGGAGGUAUUGAGAAGAUAGCAUGGGAUGCUACAGGGGAGCGUUUGGCUGUGUCAUAUAAAGAUGGAAAUGAGGUGUACAAGGGUCUCAUCGCCAUAUAUGAUGUUAAAAGGGCUACAAUCAUAACCCCCUCAUUAGUUGGGUUCAUCAGAGGACCUGGAGAGGACCCGAAGCCUCUAACAUUUUCAUUCCAUGACAAGUACAAACAGGGGCCCCUGUUAUCAGUUGUAUGGAGCACAGGAUGUUGUGUCACCUACCCCCUCCUGAUUCGUUCCCAUCUCCUUGCUUAGCUUAAGCCCAGCCCAACUCACCUAUUUUCAAUUUUCUUCACUUGUACACUUUCUCUCCAGUUUUGCAGCAAUCAUGGCCAUGGGCAUUUCAUUUGUAGAAUAUUAUCAGAAGGAAUGGAAUCUGUGUCAAAGGAUUUAAUUAAUUAUAUAUAUGAUGGGGUAUUUUAACAAAUAA